CGCGCGCACCUGCCGCUUCUGCACUACUGCUGCUGCCACUAGGAGAGCCUCCCGCGAGAUCGAGCGAGCUGUGGCCGCCAUGCGUGCCCUGGCGCUGCUGAGUCUGCUGGCGGCGGUGUCCCCGCUGGGCCCGGCGCUCGCCCAGAAAGACGUCUACGACUUCGUCAUCGUGGGCGGCGGGUCAGCGGGCUGCGCGCUGGCCUCUCGCCUCUCCGAGAUCCCCGAGUGGUCGGUGCUGCUCAUAGAGGCCGGCGGCGAGGAGAGCAUCUUCAAUCAGGUGCCGAUGCUGGUGUCGUACACGAUCCCGACGGCGUGGAACUGGGGCUACCGCACGGAGCGGUCGCCGGGCGCUUGCCUGGGGCUGCGAGACCAGCGCUGCAUCUGGCCCCGGGGCAAGGUGCUGGGCGGCACCUCCGUCAUCAACUACAUGCUCUACACGCGCGGCUCGCGCAGGGACUACGACCUCUGGGAGGCGCUCGGCAACCCGGGCUGGGGCUACAACCAGGUGCUGCACUACUUCAAGAAGUCUGAGGACCAGCGCAACCCCGUGCUGGCAGCCAGCCCCUACCACUCGACGGGCGGCCCGCUGACGGUGGGGGAGGCGCCCUACCACACGCCGCUCUCCAGGGCGUUCCUGGAGGCGGCCGCCUACCUGGGGUACCCGCUGAGGGACACCACCUCAGACCCCAACCACGGCUUCCAGUUCAUAGAGGGCACAACCCGAGCUGGGCAGCGGUGUUCCAGCAACAAGGCCUUCUUGUCGUCCAAAGUGCGCCGCCGACGCAACCUCACCAUCUGGCUGCGAACCAGGGCCCUCAAGAUCAUCAUGGAGAACGGCCGUGCCGUGGGUGUGCAGGUGGCCCGCAAGAGCCGCGCCCCGGCCGUGAGGGAGGUGCGGGCCCGCCGCGAGGUCAUCCUGUCCGCGGGGACCCUCAACGACCCACAGCUGCUGAUGCUGUCCGGCAUCGGGCCCAGCCAACACCUGCGCGAGCUGGGCAUCCCAGUGCUGGCGAACCUGUCCGUGGGCUACAACCUGCAGGACCACGUGGGCAUCGGCGGCAUCACCUUCAUGGUGAACGAGACGGGCGUCGGCCUGACGGAGGAGCAGCUGCGGGCGCUGCCCAACCUGGCGGCCUGGAUCACCAGGGGCCAGGGGCCGCUCACCGUGCUGGGCGGUGCGGAGGCGGUGGGAAUCUUGAAUUCGUCGUACAACGAAAGAGGUCAGGACUGGCCCGACCUGGAGCUGCUGUUCGCUGGAGGCUCCACCAACGUGGACGAGGGCGGCCUCAAAAUGGCGCACGACCUCUCGGAUGAGGUCUACGACAAGGUGUACCGCCCCAUCAAGGGCCAGACGUCCUGGACCAUCUUCCCCAUAGGGCUGCACCCGCACAGCCGCGGCCUGGUGCGCCUGCGGUCCCGCAACCCGUACGACGCGCCGCUCUUCUACCCCAACUACUUCGCGGACCCGCGCGACGUGCGCGCCAUCGUGGAGGGCGCGCAGCUGGCGGUGCGCUUCUCCAGGACGCCGGCCAUGCGCCGCUACGGGUCGCGUCUGCACGACGUGCCCAUCCCGGGCUGCGAGCGGAUACCCUUCGCCACCGACGCCUACUGGGAGUGCCAGCUGCGGCACUACACCAUGCUCUUCCACCACCAGGUACACGUGCUUCCCUCUCUGCCCCAAAUAUACUACUAA